GAGAAUCCAGGGUUUGCCUUCGGUGUGGUGCUUUACGCGUAACUAUCGAGAACCUGUCCAUCUUUCUUGGCUCUAAGCUGUUGUGUCGAGUCGAGUCGGAGUAGCCUUGCUCUGUUGCCCCGUCACACGUGCCAUUUAGGAUUGACACCACAAGUGACCACUUCGUAGUUAGACUGGGACUAAAGCAGCAACCUUUCUUGAUCGACCAGACCGCAAUAGUCGGAGCUUGCAGCCGUUCUUCCAAGGAAAUCUUUUCCCCUAACGCUGCGCCCAGCAGUGCUUCCCAAACCGCAGUCACGCUUGCCGUUUUAGACUGCGCUUCAUAGCUGUGCGCAGUUUUGGACUGAGAACACGUAUUUAGAGAGUAAACCCACAAGGCGCUAUGAGAACGUCCGUUAAAUUACUCGCAAUAUUAGUUCUCGUCGCGGUGUGGCAACAACACCAAGCGACUGCGGUGAGUCCGCGAGAGGUGCGGAAGGCGAGCGACAGCAUCAAGCAAAGACCUGAGUUCAAGCACGUACAUGACUUAAUCGACAAAUACCUGAAGUCGCUCAUCCCCCUUUCAGACGUCACCAUCUUAAUACCAGCGGGCAUCGCGCAGCUGUACGCGUACACGGCGGCCCAGCAAACGACGAUCAUAUCGUACAACACCAUCGACACCCGCUACCUCUACCGCAACUUCACCAACAUGAAAGGCGGCACGAUUCUGGGCUCGCUGGAAGGCAGCAAUAUCAUCAAGCGCGGUCCUAAUUACCAACCAGUUGUGGGCUUCCAAGGCACCGGAGCUGCUCUCUGGAGCAUGCUGGUGGUGCCGAACCUGUGGAUUGGCUCGGACUUCACGAUUCAGGGAACCACCACGCUCCUCAUCCCGGCAGAUUUGUGACGUCGUGCAGCUGCUGGUGUGGGAAAUGUGGGGGCGGGGGAAGUGGUGGCCAUGAUGUGGGUUGAUGGAAUGGGAGGGCAUCACCAUGGGCUUGAUUUGGUUGAGGCGACGCUGUAUUGGUAUGAUUUGCCAUUCUGCUCCUAACCCAGGCCUGGAAGGUUAUGAGGUGAUGUAACAUCCAGUUGAAUUGCAGCCACAGGUGUAGUUAACAGGAUAAUAAUAGUAAACUAAUGAUGACGUUAAUAUGCGUGUACUUCUCUGUAGCAAUUAGAAUUUAUGCAUUUUUGCCGAGAUGAGAGGCAAAACAUUUCUACUGUUGUGGCUU